CCACUUGCUGCACCCAGCCGUCACUCGUCCUACGCCUGCUGACGACGAGCUCAUCGAAUCGAACGGGAGAUUUUGACAGAAGCUGACCGCUCUCCGAGAGCUGCACGGGAACAGAGAACGAGCUCUGGGAGUAUGGCAGAACGGGCACCUGUUGCAAGCGGUCUGAACUUAGAUGACGAUAUCCCGCUUGCCGACGUAGACGGUGAAGAAGUGAAGGAUUCCACUCCAGAUGGCCUGCCGGAUGUUGGCCUUGCCAGGAGCGGCAGUGUCCCGGUGGUAGACGAGCAUCUUUACUUCGAAGAAGAGAAUCACGAUGGGUCGACUUUCUCAUCACUGGAUCAUGAUCUGAACGCAGACGAGACCGAGGAGAAGUCUCGGCUGAUUUCACAAGUUCUAGAGCUGCAGAACACUUUAGACGAUUUGUCCCAACGCGUGGACUGUGUGAAAGAAGAAAACCUCAAGCUAAAAUCCGAGAAUCAAGUCUUAGGGCAAUACAUAGAGAAUCUCAUGUCAGCCUCUUCGGUUUUCCAAUCUACGCAUCAACAGCAGCAGCCGCCAAGCCGCAAGAAGUGAUCUGUACAAAUGUCUAUUCUGACGGAACUUCGAAUCGUAACCAAGGCGAGAUCCGGCAAAGAACGUAUUGCUCGAGAAUGAUAUGACUACUAAUAUAAUCAAUUUUGGCACCGAAA